CAGCUCGAGGCGCGGCAGCGGCGCCACUGGCGCCACGUCUUCGACAUCUUCGACGACGACGGCUCGGGCGCCGUCACCACCGCCGAAUUCCGCGAGCUGCUGACCAAGUUCUCCAUCAACAAGGUCAACGCGUCGCAGAUGGAUAUCGUCGACGGCGAGCGCGUCUUCGCGGAGCUCAUCUCCUACCUCGACCAGGACGGCGGCGGUACCGUGGAAUUCGAGGAGUUUUUGGCCUUUGGGUGCAAGCUCGAGGGCUUCAUGGAGGCGUCCGAGGACGUCGAGGCGAUGAAGGAGAAGAUGUUCGAUUUGAUAGAUAAGGACGGCGGCGGCGCCAUCACGCUCCAGGAGCUCUACAAAUUGAUGGUCGACGACCUCGGCGUCGAGAUCUCCAUGGACGACGUCUACAACAUCAUCGCGGACCUCGACGAGGACGGCAACGGCGAGCUCGACAAGGAGGAGUUC